GGGGGACGCGAGGCCAAAGCGCACUCCCGGCCCUACAUGGUGUCCCUGCAGCUCGGGGGGGUUCACUCCUGCGGGGCAGCGCUGCUGCACCGCCGCUGGGCGCUGACGGCCGCGCACUGCCAGCCCCGGGGGUCGUGGGACAAGGCGCUGCUGGUGGUGGGGCUGCACAACUGGCGGCGUCGCGGGGCGAGCACGCAGAGCUUCGCCGUCCGGGCUGCCUGUCCCCACCCCGACUACGACCCAAAGACGAAGGAGAACGACCUGCUCCUGCUCCAGCUGGACGGGACGGUGACACCGAGCGAGACACGGCAGCUGAUCUCGCUGCCGAGGCGGGAGCCGGCGCCGGGGGCGCGGUGCAGCCUGGCGGGCUGGGGGCUCACGGAGCCCAAGGGCCGGAGUCCGUCGCCCACCCUGCAGGAGCUGGAGGUGACGGUGAUGGACGUGCGGAUGUGCAACAACAGCCGCUUCUGGAAGGGCCAGAUCGGCCCCGGCAUGAUCUGCUUCCAGGGGCAGCCCCGCGGCUCGGCCCCCGCCAAGGGUGACUCGGGGAGCCCGUUGGUGUGCGGGAAGCGGCCGGCAGUGGCCGGAGUGAUGUCCUUCAGCAGCAAGGCUGUCACGGACCCGUUCAAGCCGCCGGUGGCCAUUUCGACCGUGAAGUACAAGAAAUGGAUCCAGAGAACGAUGCGGAGGGGCUGCGGAUCCGGCCGGCUCAAACACACUGCUCAGACCAAAGGCCCCUUCCUAUUUACACAGCGCGAGGAGAUGGCCCACGAGAACCACCCCAGCUCGGGGUGCCAGACCCGGAACGUUCCCAGUUCUGUCCAGUCCUCGCCGCUGGGAAUCGUGAUGCUCCAGCACAGCACGACCCCAGCAGGGGCCAGCAGCGCCUUGGGGUGA